AAAUAUAUUUCGUUGAAUUCGAAUCCACAUACCCUCAGAAAAUUUUGAUGAAAACAAUUAAAUUUUGCCAGUUUUUAUAACUGGGAUCAGAUAAACAAAGUGCCGCCGCGAUUUGGGAGUUAUUAAAAACUGAAGUUCGUAGCUAAACUUCAUUACCAAGUGGCAUUAGAGCGCCCUGCCCAAUGAACAGCAACAAAAGCAAGUGUCACUAUAAACUUAAAAGUAUUGUGACCGGAGGAAAUGAACCAUCCAUGGUGGCUAAAACUUCAAAUAGUACUUGCAAAAGUCUAAAUUAUAUCCUUUAUCCAUAAUUCUUUUUCACACACCUGCAUAGUUCUGACUUAAAAGGCAUUACUUCGAGACUUAUAUAAAUUUUCUUAAAACUAAUGUGACAUUUACUAGUGGCAUAUAAAAAGCUAGACUAUUAAGGUCACUGGGUGCUUUUAUUCGACUUCCUGGGGCAGUGCUCCAACCCACUAAUCUUCUCCAUUACAUCAACAGCUCUGGUUCUAUCUGCCCGUAGGAGGUCUUAUAAUGGUAACAAAAUGGCGCUUGAAUGCUACUUGGGAACUGCCGGACUGGUACUUCAGCCAAUUUACCUAUAUGCCUAUCCCGAUAGAUUGUCCCACUACAGCGUUUUAAUGUUACUUGGGGAGUGCCAGGAUGGCACUUUAACCAAUUCACCUGCUUACUUAUCAACAAAAAGCAAAAUUUUAUUGCGUAAAAUUAUCAGUGAAUUAUAUUCACAAUAUACAUUUUUUUUUAAUUCAAUUAGUUAUUUUUAUAUUAACAUUUUUUUAAAUCUAAUUAGUUAUUUUUUUGGUCCGCCAAUUUUAUUAGGCACCUUAAAAUAAGCGCCGCCUGGCAUUUGUCAAACUUUGGAAUGGUUCAGGAAAAAAAUGUAUUUCGCUAACGAAUUUUGCACUCCUUAUCCUCUCUGCAGUUAGGAUUUCCAAUGUGAUUUGCGCAACAGUCAAUCGUCUUGGUUUAAUUCCUCAUACUUAUCCCUGGCCCUUCUAUGUCAGCGUUCUCGUAUUUGUUUCAAGCCUUUGUCGUUGCUCUGCAUUGAAGCGUGCCCAGUGCUUUUAUUGUCGCUACCGUCGCUUCUCCGCCGCCACAUCCUCAAUCAUUGCAUUCACUGUUGUCGACUUCAACGCUAUAUGAACGUGUCAAAUUAUCCGCCAGCUGCAUCUGUUGUUUGGCGCGCAGCUCGUCGUUGUCGCGGCCGCCACUGUCGUCACAUAGUUGCCGUUGGGUUUUACUUACUUACUGUGUUUUUGCCUCACUCGGUGAGCAGCAACCAUCAUCAUCAUCAUCUUCAUUAUCGUCAACGGUUUGUAUGUCCGACUCACGGUUUCUUUUUGUUCUUAGCGACGCGGCGGCUGGUACUCCAAUUUUUCGUUAUGUGUGUAUGCAUGUGUGCGCCGCACACAUAGAGCGGUGGUAGUGCAUAAGAGUGAUGUCUGGCUGUGAGUGUGCUCGUUCGCACCAUCAUGCCAUUUGCCAUCCGCCAAACCAUAGCUUAAUGUUGCCCUCGCUCGCCAACCGUCUGACUGUUUGAGUGUGUGGCCAGCCGACAUAAUUCGCAUUGCUUCGCAAAGCCUCCGCUUGUCGUUGCAUGCCUGUCCGUACAAACGGCAGACAGCUAGCGAUUCAGUCGACCUAAGCGGCUUUGGUUCCCCUGCCGCUUUCGGCAACAUAUCGCUUUUAUAUCGUUAACUUUUGUGUGCCUUUCUGCUCGGCGGCUGGGUUUACUACUAUGCCUUACUUUGCUUCAUUGCUUUGAGUACGGUCCUUCUUUUCAGUGCUGCGCUGCUUGUUGGUUUGUAGGAGAGAUUUUUUUUUAUUUCUACUUGAUUUUGUUUUUGAAAAAUCGCUGUCGACGGUUUACUUGAAAUUCGUACGCAGUGCCGGCGGCCGUGGUUUGGUUAGCAGUCAGCAGUCAGCAAUAAGCUGCGUUACGCUCACUCGCUCACUGCUCACUCAUGCACUUUGCACUACCCCACUUCACUCUAUACCAUCGAUCCUAUUCCGUUUUGCCAUCCACAGCCUGUUGGCAGGCUAGCCGAGUACCGAGGCGGUUAGGCAGCAAAGCAAUCAGUCGUAAAUGAACGUUUCAAUCAGUCAGCAGUAACAAACGAAUUGGCGCGCGUGUCUCGUCUUUCUAUUUUAACAUUUAACGAACAUUCGAUUUACUCCGUGUGCAGAGUAUUGAAGUGAACGCAAUCAAAAUUCAAAACUGGCGGCUCAAAACGGCCCUUCACUAAUGGCACCAAAGAAGUCUACAAUCGUCCUGAACGUUGAACAAUUUAUACGCGACGUCCAGGAACGGCCAGCCAUUUGGAAUCGCAAUUUUCACUGCAACAAAGCAUUUCUAGAACAAAUGUGGGAUGAGCUGUCCGCUACACACAAAUUGCCCAGUGAAGUUUAUGUGUUGGACGAUGGUGGCGAGGUCGACUUGGAUUUGGGCAAUUACGAGCGCUUUUUGGACAUAACUUUGCACCGCGACAACAAUAUCACAACUGGCAAGAUCUACCAAAAAGUAAUUGAAAAAGAACGUACCGGUGAAUAUUUGGGGAAAACAGUGCAAGUUGUUCCUCACAUUACGGAUUCCAUUCAAGAAUGGGUGGAUCGUGUUGCGCAACGUCCAGUUCAAGGAAGUUCAAAGCCGCAAGUGUGCAUUGUCGAAUUGGGUGGCACAAUUGGUGACAUUGAGGGUAUGCCCUUCGUUGAGGCUUUUCGUCAAUUUCAAUUUCGUGCGAAACGUGAAAACUUUUGCGUUGCUCAUGUCUCACUCGUGCCAUCGCCACGUUCCACAGGUGAACCGAAAACAAAACCCACACAAAGCUCUGUACGCGAAUUACGUGGCUUCGGCUUGAGCCCAGAUUUGAUUGUUUGUCGUUCGGAGAAACCGAUUGGCCUUGAAGUGAAGGAGAAAAUAAGUAAUUUCUGUCAUGUUGCUCCAGAUCAAGUGAUUUGCAUACACGAUCUUAGCUCAAUUUAUCAUGUGCCGCUAUUGAUGGAGCAGAACGGUGUGAUAGAGUUUCUCAACGAACGUCUACAGUUGAAUAUCGAGACAACUAAACGUGAAAAAUGCUUACAGCAAUGGAAGGACUUGGCACGGCGUUCCGAGACUCUUCGCGAGGAAGUGAACAUUGCCAUCGUGGGCAAAUACACUCGUUUGGAGGACUCCUAUGCUUCUGUGGUGAAGGCACUUCAACACGCAUCACUUGCUGUCGGCUUCAAAUUAAACCUGAAAUUCAUCGAAGCCUGCCACCUAGAGACGGGUACGCGUGAAAAAGACCCUACCAAAUACCAUGAAGCUUGGAUGCAACUAUGCGAUAGUGAUGGCGUUGUUGUGCCCGGCGGAUUUGGUUCUCGUGGCAUGGAAGGCAAAAUUAUUGCAUGCAAUUGGUGCCGCGAAAAAAAGAAGCCAAUGCUGGGUAUUUGUCUUGGCCUACAAGCGGCCGUCAUUGAGUUUGCGCGCAACGUGCUCGGUCUAAAGGAUGCCAACACUACAGAAAUCGAUUCGAAAACCGGCAAUCCGCUAGUAAUCGAUAUGCCAGAGCAUCACACUGGCCAGAUGGGAGGAACGAUGCGUUUAGGUAAACGCACAACCACCUUCUCCGAUGAGAAUAGCAUUAUUAAAAAGCUAUAUGGAAACCCGAAAACGAUUGAUGAACGUCAUCGCCAUCGGUAUGAAGUAAAUCCCAAGUAUGUACCCACUUUGGAGGAGCAUGGAAUGCGUUUUGUGGGCUAUGAUGAAGAGAAAAGGCGCAUGGAAAUAGUCGAACUGUGUGAUCAUCCAUAUUUCGUUGCCACACAGUAUCAUCCGGAAUACUUGUCACGACCACUUAAACCGUCACCACCAUUCCUUGGCUUAAUAUUAGCAUCGAAGAAGCGCUUAACCAGCUAUUUGGCUCGCGGUUGUCGUCUGUCGCCACGCCAGCUUUCCGAGCCGUCAUCGGAUGAAGAAAUAUUGGCCGAGGAAUGCGAAAAACUUGUAAAUGCUGUUAAGCCAUUGCAGUUGGAUGUGCAUUGCUGGAAACGUCUUCAAAAUGGUCACGCCAAGGAUGUGGAAAUUAGUGCAAAUGGAGAUAUCGCCCCAGCAAAAGGGGGCGAAACCAGGCUGAAUGGUGAAAACUCGAACGGUGAUACAAAAACAAAUUCCACAAAGGGCGCAGCUGGUGGAAAUGCAAGCAAUCAUAGUGCACAUUAAAUAUAAAGAACUUCGAAUUAGAUAGUAGAAAUUUUCAAAUGGGUCAAAUUAGGUUUUUACAAUUCUGUGUAUUCAAUUUCUUACUUUAGUUAUCUACAUUUUUGAAUAUUUCCACAUAUCUGAAUUUAAUUUAGUAGCGUUCAAUUAAAUAUUUAGUACUCCGCAAAACUUUUGCGUGCGUUUCUUUAUUUUGCGUUACUGGUGUGAGUGUGUGGUGGUGGUGGGGAAAUGCAUUGAAUUAUGUCUCUCUACCUACGCACUCGCUCGCUCCAUUAUUUUUGGGGGUGAGCACCCAUUUAACGCUUCUAGUGCAAUAUUAAGCCGCCGCCAUACGAAAAGUUCACAUUAGUAAGCAAAAUAAAUCGCUAGAACAUAUUUUUUAGUUAUUAAGUAUACCUGGAACGCUAAAUGUUAUGUAUUGGAAAAUGUUGUUCAUACCUCCAAGACGGCGUGGUGAUGGUGAUGUGGUAUAACAUUUAAUGUUCAGCAAUAGAAAUUACAAUUUGGGCAGAGACCUUACUGCCUAACGUGAUACAUGCAAAGCAGACUAUUUUUUGUUAGUCUGUACGAUUAUAGCUUAGUUGAAGAAUAUCGUUAUACGAUGCUCAGCGUAGCGCUUCAAAUUAUCUGCAAAUAGAGCCAUGGCUUCUUGCCGCACAAAUCGAGUAUUGGCGUCUCCAGUAUCCAAUAUCCAAUCGACAAGUACACAUAUAUUUUUGUUUAUAUAGUAAUUAAUAUUCAUUGAAGUAAACUGUUCGAUAUUCGAAAGUGAUCUUUAUGUGCAGAAAUUUAAAUUCGUGUGUUUUAAAGCAAAAUAAAUUAAAAUGCAUAGCUUUCAAAUUAGUAUCUGUUGCAAAUCUUGUUAGGCUGUAAGGUCUUAAUUAUUCGUAUAUUUCAUAUUUAUUUACAAAAAUGUUUUAUUUUAAAUCUAAUUAAGUCAUAUCUGCAUUCACAAUUGUAAAGUUGCAAAUUUAACAAAGCCAGCAGUUUUUGUGUGUUUUGUUAGACUAAGGAAGUAAGUGCGUAGAAAGUAUAGUCUGUAUGGUAUACUAGUUUAUAUACAUGUAAAGUUAUUUUUAUUUACAUAUGAAAAUGAAAUGCUUCCUUGUGAGCCCGAUGAGGCAAAAACGUUUAAUUGUAAUUAAUUGAAACUGAAUGAUUGGCUUAUUUAUAAGAAACUCGAAAUCUAACUACAAAUUUUAUCGUAUCGAAAUUGUUAUUAUGCUGUGUAGUACGAGUAUGACUUAGGAAAAGACGCAAAAUAAAUUAGUUUUUAAUUUGGUUGCAUUAUUCGUGAACGCGUGGCUGGGAUUGGCGUCCAAUUUAAAGACUAAUUUUAUCUGUACGUGAAUAUUCAAGAAAUUUUAUAUUACAAAUAUAUUUUAGUAUUGUGCAUAUCUACAAAGAAUUCAGAAUAAAAUGAAGGUGAGCGAAGGAAA